AUGGUCUCAGUCGAAUCAACCUUGACACAGGCAGCAUCUGCACUCUUUGAUCUGCCCACUGCUUCACCAGCAGUGAAUCUAACUCGUAUAGGAGCAGCCACGGCGAACUUAACAUCCUCCUUUGUCCUACCUUCAAAAGACCAAGUCGUUCGCAUUCCCAUUCGGCUUGCCUCUCAAAUCGAUCGUGCCCUCCUCCAUAUCUGGAACCACUUUAUCCUCGACACCCUUGGGAUAAAUACCUUGGCUGGAGCCGGCGCAGGUCAUACUGCGGUGGGUGGUGCUGGAGCGCAACAAAUGGCGGACGCAGCAAGACAACCGGGAGCAGCGCAAGUAUUGGGUGAUACCGGACCAGAGACCUGGGCGGCCUUUUUUGCAGAAGCCUUUCAAACAAGUACUUUCAAGAGUUAUUGGGGGAUGCUACACUAUCUCACAUCAAGAUGGGCUUUCACCUGUUUCGCAAUGGCUCUUAUCCUCAAUCGGAUUGGUGUUUACGGUGCCUCAAGACAGAGAAUACACCUCAACUGGACAAAGCGACUGGCUCUCCGCAUCAUUCCCAUCUUACUGUUCAUCACUCAAAUCCACCGACUCCUGCAAGCCAUCCGAUGUCAAACAUCUCCCAACUUUUCACUGUACCGCCAUGGCGAUAACAACAAAUACAGCUUGCUGGAUUGGUCAACAGAUGGUGGCUCGCUGCACACGAUUACUUCGACCAUUUUAUUUCAAUCGACCGAUGCCGAUGCGUGUGCCGCGGUUGGUUUAAGUAGGCCCAGCCCAGAAGUGAGGGCGCCGUACGGGUCAUUUUCACUGCUCUGGCCUUCGUUCCUCCGGCUCAGUCUCUCUCAUGUUGUGGAAAGCUUGUCAUGUUCAUUACAGCAGACCCCGAUCAUGACCGAGGUUGGCAUGUCGGUGUUUGAACAUUCACUGGCUUUUGCUGAGGCCGAGACCAUGAUUUCUCACACUCUUGGUCUCGGCCUUUUUGGAACCGCGAAAUCCUCUGGCAGCAGUAGGAUGAAUUCAACCGCAACCGCCUCCCAGCCUACAAUCCCCGCGUCCGGCACAAUUCUUGCACUGGCCGACGCGACGGCAUCCCUGACCGGCCCCCACCUCUUGGAUGGCGUUAACGUUCCAGUGGAGAUUUUGUUGGUCACAUUGCUUUCCUGUUCUAACGCCCUAUCUUCCCAGAUAAUUGCCGUGUUAGGCAAGCAGCGUCAAUGGCGUCUUAUCAAUACCGGAAUGUGGGGGAUGGCUUUCAUGUCAUCAUUCACUUGGGGCCUUCUCAGCACCAGCGUGAUGGUACGGAGUGGUGAUGAUGGUGACAAUCGUCCCGUGAGCAGUCUUUUGCACUUCCCAACCGUGGCCAUUGUCGGUUUUCUACCUCACAUGGUUAUCUUGGUGGGCAUUGGGAUCUGCUUCCUCAUCUACCUGGUUGCUCUUACGUUUACAGCGGUUUCUUUGGGAACGAACCCACAUAUUCCCCAGCCCACAAGCCUAAACGAGCGUCUCAGUAUUGCCCAUGACAAUUUGCAGGCCGCCGUUCAAACGCGCGGAGUAAAUAUUCGGUGGCACGAGGAUUUCUAUACUGCACUUCUUCGCGUUGGGUUCGCUGCCUUGACUGCAGCAUCAGAAGCAGUUUUUCUGAAUGAAGGCCGGUCAGUUGAAGUACGACAGUUCACCUGGUUGGAAGAAGACAGAUUGGACGAAUUUGAAUCUGCUAGGAGUGAGCGGGGCGCAUUCUCGAACAAUCAACAAUUUCAAAUUUUGGAAGAAUACGGACUUCCUCCCUCAAGCCCGGGUGGAACGGAUAAAGGUGGUGUCUGGGAAUCCGGUUACGCUAAGGAACGCAAAUUCGAUAAAAAGGAAGGCGAACUUGAGAGCAAAGACUCGUUUGUUUAUCCCACUCCUCGAACUGGGGGAGUGGGAGCUGUACAACGGACCACUCGAUUCUAUCUUUUGAUGAUUUAUCUUCGGGGGAUCGUAUUCCUGAUCGGGGGAUACAUUGGUUUUGGCUUCGGCAUUUUACUGGACAGCAUUGGAAUUACGGCCCGGCCACGCUGGUUGAGGAAGAUUGUGGGCCGAUCACUGAAGCGGAUGAACGCGGAAAGAAAUGCAAUGAAUCAUGGUGGCGCUCUCGACUUUUGGUUCCUGACGGAGGACGGAAAGCUUGUCACACCUGGAGAUAACGAGGUCGACAUCGAACCCGAGCUGAGAAGACGUUUGACAACGGAAUUUUCUGAAGAUGAAGUGGACGAACUUCUGGAUUCGAAGUUAUAUGACUGGUGGAAGUCUGGAGGCUGGUUCGGUACCAAAGAUGAUAGUGGUGACUACCAACCAUCAACCACGGACGAUGUGGAUGAUACUACCAGCAUGAUCUCUAUCUCGACUGAAGCAAGUGUUGAUGCGAACGAAGGCGAUGAAGAGAACGAAUGGGAGUCCGAAGCCGAAGGCCAGCGAACACCAACUCAGUCGUCGGUAGAGCCCAGCUGGUCAUUUUCAGCAAUUGAUACAAGAGAAUCAACACCAGGCGUCACCGACUCACCUCUCGAUGCGGCAACACUGGCGAGGCUGUUGAAUCCACCAGACAAAGAAUCACGCGAAGAAGCGAGAAUUCUGGCGUCUCAUCUUGCAAGUGCUUCUUCCGACUAUCCUUCAGCUGGCAUCAUGACAAGAUCUCGCUAUCGUCGCGAAAUGGAAAGCGAGAGGGCCAGAGUUCUUCUCGCUGGCCGUACACCACAUCCGGCGAAAUCUGAUUCCCAGUCCCAGUCGAUUCAUGUCCCAACGAUCUCCUUGUACAAUGAAGCAAAUACCAGCGGCCCACGUCCACUUACAUCGACUGAAGAAACUGAAGUCCUUGAAUCCCUUAUCCUAAGCCGCCGAAGAAAACAUGCGCCACCCCCGCGAACCAAGAACGGCAUGCAAGACCGGGCUGCCGAUGAAGAUGAAGAUUCGGGGCGGGCGGGACCACCAUGCGUUGUGUGCCAGACUGCCGCGCGAACAAUUAUCGCUUGGCCAUGUCGCUGCCUGUGUGUCUGUGAGGACUGUCGCGUGAGUCUCGCAUUGAAUAAUUUUGGGAAUUGUGUCACUUGCCGGAGAUCAGUCCAAGGGUUUGUCAGGCUCUAUGUGCCUUAA